GAUACGCGGGGUCUCGCAGAACGGCCAAGAAGAAUGAAGGGGUGGAUCUCAGGGCGUCGAGGGCCUCGCCUCGAUCGUUGGAGAUUCGACAACAUAUAAGCCCUAGCCUCUGGUCAUACCAACCCUGUUGUCCCUCCAAUGGCGAAGACAAUCACCCCCGUCUCGGAGCUCACCAAGUAUCCCUGCGACACGCAGGAGGAAGAGGACCCCUCUUUUGGCCCCGCCCCCAUCUCCAACUUGGAGGGCACUACAGGUGACAACAACCCGGACGAGCCCGACUCCCUCGUCGUAGGCUACGGUACCAUUGUUCCUCGCUGGGAUGUCCAUCUCACUCAGGGCAGAGUCCUUCACUACUUUGUCCAAGAGGAGAGCUUCACGUCUCCCGACCAAGCGCGAUCUGCAGCCAAAACGUUCCAGGAAGCUGCCGAUACAUGGAAUGAGCUCGAACUAGGUGUCGUCAUCCAGGAGACGACAGAUCAGAACAGCGCAAACUUCUACCUUGCGUAUAAGCCCAAUCCUACUGUUGGGCCGGGACGCAACACGCUCGCUCGUGCCUUCUUCCCUCACGAGGUCGACCAGGAUGUCAUCGUCUUCUCGCGUGCCUUUGAUGCGAGCGCCAAACCCAUCCUCAAGAACAUCUUCCAGCACGAAAUUGGUCAUAUUCUCGGGCUACGCCACGAGUUCGCCAUCACGGGCGACGACAAGAAGGAUAUCAAGCCCGAGGGUGAGGGCGCUAUUCAGUUCCUCACCAACAAUUACAACUCGAUCAUGAGCUACAACUUCCCUCCCAAGCUCCAGGACAGCGACCGCGAGCAGGUCACUCAGUUCUACAAGCUGAGCAAUGGUUACAUGAUAGGGGGUAGUCCAGUCACCGACUAUCAGCCCCAGAUUCGACGAAAGAACAGGUAGGAUGGUGUGGUAUAAGUGCUACGAGGGAACUGGCAAAAACAGUGGUAGCAAGGAACAGCUCCAUGGGUUCUUCAGUCUCUCGAAGAAUGCUUGUACACGUAUCUUGCACAGGUAAGUCAUCAGUAGAAUGGGAGCUGAGAUGCUUGAACAUCACCACAUCGAGCCGCUGCAGCGUGUAGUAUUGUGAAGUGGAUAGGUACCUAAUGAUAUUUCAUGUUUAUGGCAGUACACUAGAACUUCUUCUGUUAGGUGGCUACUAUGGCUAUCUUCAAGCAAUGAGCAGUCCUUUUUUUUGAGCUUUGUCUGCUGCGAAGCGCUCAUAUAUCUGCUGGAGCCAGGCAAGACCAUAUGUUUUCCUGCUUCUACUUCUUCCACGCAA